AUGCGUCGCUCGAACAAUGAUAUAAACAAAAUGAUUGGUUUUCUGUGUUACUCAGCUGUGCUAGGUUAUGUUGGUGCCUUCGCUUUACCAUUCGAAGGGCUGUACAAGCUGGAUAUAAUUCAUUAUAAUGACUUCCACGCAAGAUUCGAAGAGACAUCCCUCGAGACACCAACAUGCAGAUAUAACAACAAUUCCUGCUUAGGCGGCUUCCCUCGUCUCUAUCAAGAGAUCCACACCCUACUUCAAGAAAAGCCUGACUCUAUAGUGCUGAACGCUGGUGACAGUUUCCAGGGAACUUAUUGGUAUACGCUGUUGAAGUGGAAUAUAACGCAGGAGUUCAUGAAUAUGAUACCUCAUGAUGCCCAUGCGCUGGGCAAUCAUGAGUUCGACGACGGACCAGACGGGUUGGUUCCGUACCUUAAAGCUUUGAAGGCGCCUGUACUAGCCGCAAAUAUAGACACAAGUGAAGAACCGUCGUUCAAAGGAUUGUACAAGCCUCACAUUAUCAUCAACAGGAAGGGACGCAGGAUUGGCAUUAUUGGACUGAUUACUGCUGACACUCAGACUUUAUCAUCCCCUGGUAAGGUGAAGUUCACUGACCCUAUUGCAGCUACAAGAAGAGAAGCAGAAGCGUUGAAAAGAAAAGGAGUUGAUAUCAUUAUUCUAUUAUCACAUUGUGGCAUUGAUAUGGACAAAGAAAUUGCCCGACAAGUCGGACAAUACGUCGACAUCAUAGUUGGAGGACAUUCACACUCCCUGUUGUGGAACGGACCAUCACCUGACGGAGAAAAAGUCGUGGGUCCUUAUCCUGUGUUCAUCGAGACUACUAACGAUAAGAGACAUCAUGUGUUAAUAGUUCAUGCAUCUGCAUACUCAAAAUUCGUGGGCAACUUGAGUGUGUACUUCGACUACAAAGGUGACUACAUCAAGUGGGAGGGAGGACCCGUCUUUUUGAAUAGAUCUAUUCCUGAAGAUGCCGACAUUAAAGCAAAAUUGGCCCCGUACGCAAAGUUAGUGCAUGACGCAGAAAACGUACCAGUUGGUAAAACUGACCACUCGAUGUGGAUCGAUGACUGUGUGUACGGAGAGUGCGCCAUUGGAGAUCUAAUUGUUGAUGCUUUUACUGAAUUCGGCAAUUCACUGAUCGGUGCGGAUCGACGCUGUUUGUCCUUUAUUCAGCGUGGGAACAUUAAGGCUUCGAUAUUGGAAGGAGUUAUAACCGAGGGGACAAUCUUCGAAACAUUGCCGUUUAAUGACAGAGUGGAAAUGUUCGAGCUACAAGGCAAGUUUGUGCGUGAAGCGCUGGAACGUUCGGUCUCAGAGCCGUGGGGCGACAAACCCUUCAAAGGACCUUUUGUACUGCAAGUAUCUGGUGUUCAAGUAACCUACAACGUAAGUCUACCCGAAGGGCAAAGGAUCACGUCAGUUAACAUUGGAGAGAAAGGUUCUAACAGUCCCCUGGACGACAACCAGAUGUACAUGGUGGUAAUGCCUUCGUUCCUAGCCGAUGGUGGUGAUGGAUUCCAGAUGUUCAAAAACAAGCAGAACGUGACCAAGAUUGGCCGGGAUCAGAAGCUCAUAGAAUUGUACAUCAGAAAACAUUCUCCACUCGACAUCAACACCGAUGGAAGGAUAGUGAUCAAUAGCUGA